GCCGUACACCAGGAGCCGCAGACUGAGGACGUCGGAUCUGUUCAGAGAUGAGAGGAUAUUAAGCAGGAAUGGAUUGACUGGAACUUUAACUUCAUCGUUUGUCGAGAGGUUCUGUCGGCAGCCAUGAGCGUCCUGGGGAGGAUCAUCUUUUACAGCAUGUUAGCCCUCAUCGUCACCUUCGCGGCCAUCAUCAUCAUCAUCCUCUGCUUUGCCUUCUCAGAUUCCACGUCUGCCGUACUGAGCAGUAACGCGGCGCCCAUCGCAAACCUGGGCCAUGACCUGCUCCUCAGCUGCUACCUUCUCAAGCAGACUGUCACAAGCGUGUCGGUCACCUGGGAGAAGAAGGGCCUGAGCGGAGUGGUUUACAAUUACAAGAACGGAGCUGCCAACCUGCAGGACCAGAGCUCACAGUUCAAGGGGAGAACUCAGCUGUUCCCUGAAGCUUUGGCUACAGGGAACGCUUCCCUGCUGAUCAGGAAGGUGAGGAAAGGCGACGAGGGCGAGUACACGUGCAGCAUCAGCUCCCCUGAGAAAGGAGGCACAGUCAACAUUCAUCUCAGGACAGCAGCCUAUACAGCCCCCACAUUCACACUUUCCGACAGCGUGCUGACGGCUCAGGCCGGCAGGUGGUUCCCUAAACCUAACGUGACGUGGUUGAGUGUGGACGAUGAAGUCCUGGAGGGAGUGACCAACUUCUCACAGAGCCCCAACAAGAUAUACAGCGUUACGAGCAAGGUGCCAGUUAACAUGGACGACUCCUUCAUCUGCAGGAUUGAAAACGACCUGGUGAUCUCUGUCUCUACAGCAACGGUGACAGGUUCGAGUGUAUCAGAGGACUCGUACUUCACCUUCAGUGCUGCUUCAUCCCUGCUGGCGUCAGUUCCUCCGAGUAUCACGACCACAGGCGUCCUCUGCAUCUAUUACCUGACAUAAGUACGCACAUGCAAACGUACAGGUGGUGACAAAUUGAAGGAAAAGCAAAAGGCAGUGUUGGUUUUAAACCGGCUGUGGAGAUGCUGGCUGCAGUUUUCUUUCUGUGUAAGUGACAGAACUUGAAGUAAAGAGCCGCUCACAUGUUUAUUCAAAGUUCUGUGGCGCUCGGCUCACGAUGCACAACGUCACUUACUUCGAUGAGUCCCAGUCGCUGCUGCUGCAGAGCGCUGGUCGCCUGUUCAUGCAAAGUUUAUUAAUAUUGAACGUCUCACGAGUCGGAAUCGCACCAAAUUCAACACUGCACUUAGUUGGUCCCUUCACAACAAACAUGACGAGUGUGAAGCUGAUGAGAUGAACGCUUGGUGAGAUGUGUGAGUCACGUACAGACAGAGAGUAGAUCGAUUUUUAUAUCAAGGUGUGUUGUGGCGACACCUGGUGGCUCAACACCUCCCUUACUUACUUACUUGCUUACUUCCUGUUGGGUUUUCCUUUAAUUUGUCACGUGUCUGAACAUAAAUAUUAAAUAUGCCCUCAAACAUCCAGACCUGGGUGUAUAUCGGACACACUCUGUAUAUCUGUGUGUGCAGAAGAACCUGGAAACUCCAGGGUGAAUGCUUAAAGCUGAAAUCAUUUGCAAAGCAAAUUAAAAUUUAAUGAAAAGAUUAAUAAAAGAUUAAAAAUGAUGAAAGAUUUAUUUGUGGAAGCUGAAAAUCUCAAGGAAAUUGGACUCAAGUAAAACGGCUGAAGCGGCUUUAAGUUUCUGAUCAAACAGCUGAUGCGCAGAUUUAAAACUUGGGAGCUGGAAAGCUGGAAGACGACGUUGAAGAAAAUGCAGAGACGGAUGGAAAAAGACGGAAUGUGGAAGCUGAGAGCUGGAGGAUUUUACUGAGAUGAGACUGAAAACGACUGAAAUGUAGAACAAAAACUGGGACGGUGAAAAACUGAAGCAACGUUUAAAGUUAAUACAUUUAAAUUUAAAAAUAGAAUCAGAACUCGGAGGCUGCGAGAUGAAAGAUGACGACAGCGGAUGGAAAACAGAAGAAAUGUAAAAGCUUAAAGUUUGAAGAAACUGAUGAGGGAAUAAUGAAAACGUUCAUGAAAGACUGACUUCAUUAUUAAAUCAUUUAGUAUUAUUAUGAUUAUUAUAUUUGUUGUUCACCACCUUUUGCUUCCUGGUAUCGCUGAUUUUUCAUUUUUGCAGACGGGGCACAAUCAGGGAUUUAUGUGUUUGAAACACUGGAACACUGGAAAUGUUAAAUCUUGAAAUAUUGUAAAAGCAGCAGGAACUGUAAAUGUGUUCAGAGGCUGGGAUCACAACGUUUUCACCAAUAA